AUGACAACGGCAUCUUCAUCCAUUCGAAACCGAAUUGAUAUUUCGUUGCAUAUCGAACAUUUUACUGAUGAAAGAUAUCCGAAAACAUGUUUGGAACAGAUUCCACCAAUUAUGCUCGAAUAUCCGCCGUUGAGACAAGCAUCUCAACCAUCACGUUCUCGUCACAGCCUUCGUUGUCGAACUCAACCAGUCACGUUAACAGAAAUCGAUGAAACCGACGAAGAAAAUCAUCUGGAAACGGAAACUAACCAUCAGCAAUCGAAAACGAAGAUUCUCAACGAUUUCAAUCGUCUGGAUUAUUUGAUCUUAGCGGAAAAUAUUCGACGAACAACACGGAAGAAAAGACCAUUGAAAAACUAUCUCGAACGACAACGAUUGAAGACCACACAGGAGGAACUUUGUGAAACUGAUGGGUAUUGA